GCAUGCAAGAUUCCGCGGAAGAUUGUUUCAAAGAACCUCUUAACUUGUAACAAUCUUCUAUUACUUAAUGUCCACAAUGUUACAAAAUAGAGACUAGAUAAUAAUAAUUCUUAAAUUGCAAUGGCUAUGGCUAUGGCACCUUCAAGUUCAAGAGUGAUUUCUCUACUUCUUUGUCUUCUUCUUACGCUUAUUUCUCAUACUACAGCUCAGCCAAGCUUCCUGUACCAUUUUUGCAUGAAUGAUAAAGGAAACUACACAGAAAACAGUGCCUACCACACCAACCUCAACACUCUUUUGUCCACUUUGUCUUCAAAUACAGAAGUUGAUUAUGGCUUCUACAACUUCUCUCAGGGACAAGGCUCUGACAAAGUUAAUGCAAUUGGGAUGUGUAGAGGAGAUGUUAAGCCGGAAUCUUGCCGCAGUUGUCUCAAUGAUUCCAGAGUCCUUCUGAUGCAUCGUUGUCCGAAUCAGAAGGAGGCUAUAGGUUGGUAUGACAACUGCAUGUUGCGCUAUUCGAACCGGUCCAUAUUUGACACCAUGGAACCUGACCCUACCUACCUUCUGUGGGUUGGAAUCAAUGCAACUGAUACGAAUCAAUUCAUUCAAGUGCUUAGGAACUUGCUGGAAAGCCUUAGAACAAAUGCUUCAUCAGGUGAUUCCCUUAAAAAGUAUGCUGCAGGAAGCGCGGCCGGACCAAGCUUCCAGACUAUAUUUGCUCUUCUGCAAUGCACACCUGAUUUAUCAGAGCAAGAAUGUGAUGAUUGCUUGGUCCAGGCCAUCUCAAAUAUUAAUGAUCGUUGUUAUGGCUUGACAAAGUGCAGAAUUGGAAAACCAAGCUGCAAUCUUAGAUUUGAUACUUCACCUUUCUAUGACUCUACAGCUGAUACUUCUCCGCCUUCGCCAUCAAAAGAAUCUCCUCCUCCUCCAGUCACCAAUACUAAUGCCACUUCUACCAAAGGAAAGAGCAACUCAACAGGUAUUGUCAUUGCAGUGGUAGUGCCGAUUUUCGUCGUUUUAGUACUGCUCAUCUCUGUUUGCAUCUUCAUAAGAGCAAGGAAGCGCAAGAGAAGUUUUCACAAUCACAAUGACACUGAAGUUAACAAUGAAAUUGAACCUAUUGAGUCAUUGCAAUUCAACUUUGACACCAUCAGAACGGCUACUAAUAACUUUUCAGAAGAAAAUAAGCUAGGACGAGGAGGAUUUGGACCUGUUUACAAGGGUAAGCUUUCUAAUGGAAGAGAAAUUGCAGUCAAAAGGCUGUCAAUGAAUUCAGGACAAGGAGACACAGAAUUUAAGAAUGAAGUUCUGUUAGUGGCCAAGCUUCAGCACCGCAAUUUAGUUAGGCUACUUGGUUUUUGCUUGGAAAGAAAAGAAAGAUUACUGGUUUAUGAGUUUGUUCCUAAUAAAAGUCUUGAUUACUUCAUAUUUGAUCCAAUCAAACGUGCUCAUCUGGAUUGGGAAAAGCGAUACAAAAUCAUUGGAGGCAUUGCUAAAGGCCUUCUUUAUCUUCACGAGGAUUCGCGUCUGCGUAUUAUUCAUCGUGACCUUAAAGCAAGUAACAUCCUUUUAGACGAAGAAAUGAAUCCGAAAAUAUCAGAUUUUGGCAUGGCAAGAUUGUUUCUUGUGGAUCAAACUCAAGGAAACACAAAUAGAGUUGUUGGAACAUAUGGAUACAUGGCACCUGAGUAUAUAAUGCAAGGACAAUUCUCUGUGAAAUCAGAUGUCUUUAGUUUUGGCGUAAUGGUUCUAGAGAUAGUAAGUGGCCAGAAAAAUAGUGGCUUCCACAAGGGAGAGGAUGUGGAGGACCUAAUAAGCUUUGCAUGGAAAAAUUGGAGGGACGGAACAGCAUCAAACAUAAUAGAUCACACAAUGAAUAAUGGUUCAAGAAAUGAAAUACUGAGAUGUAUCCACAUUGGUUUACUGUGUGUUCAGGAAAAUUUAGCUGAUAGACCAAACAUGGCUUCUAUUGUGCUCAUGCUUAACAGCCAUUCUCUCACUCUUCCAGUGCCAUCAAAGCCUCCAUUUCUUGUGGACAGCAGAGGUUUAUCAACUAUUCCAUCAUGGGAGUAUAGUUCAAGGGAAACUGAUUGAAGCACAGAAGAAACAAAUUGUAUAUGCUAAUGAAUUUAGUGAUUAAGGUG